CAAGUAUUUUAAUCUAUGCUUUUACCUGGCUCCUGCUGUGUACAUUAUACAUUGUAAAAAACCGUAUUUUUGAAUAAAUGUGUGUAAAAACAGAAAAACUGUGGCAUCAAAUGUGUUAAAAGUGGCUGAGUACAAUGGACGUAGACGAUUCGGCGGUGGACCUUAGCGUAAGCAGGUCUCUACCGCCUGAGUUGAGUGAACUCAGAGCAUUGACGGCUAGUGGCUUGACAAUAACACCAGCACAACCACCUCCUCAUAUUGAUAGAGUGAGUAUAAAUGGUGCGAGUGGUAAGAGAGUACUACGCCCAAGAUCGGAGCAACGCAGUUAUGCAGAGAGCCCCGACAUAGUUCUUCUGCCGGCAGCACCGCCUCAUCGCAAACCUUCACUGCCUGCCCCUGCACCAUUUACGGAUGUAAGCAGCAAGCUGAACACAGGCGCUGUGAAUGUUUCUAUAACAGCGAGCGCGGUGCCGCCCGCCCUGCCGCCCGAGUCCCCGCGCGACCCGCAGGACGACGAGGACUCCGACGACGAGAAUGAGCCUCCGCUACCGAUAACCGGUCACAGGGAGUUAUCGAGUGCAGAGAUAUGGGAACGUGAACGUAGACUCCGCGCACUGAGAGAGAAGCUGCGUGCCGAGGAGACGCGACUCGUGCUGCUGAGGAAGCUGCGCCAGUCGCAGCAGGCCGCCACCAUACCACCGGCCAAGGCAGCGGAGUCAGCGAGCGCAUGCGCGGCGGGCGCGGCGCUGGCCGGCAGCGGCUGCGUGGUGCCGCCCGGCGUCACCGUCACCCCCGCGCCGCCGCCCGCGCAUCAGCACAGCAAGCGCGCGGCGGGUGCGGCGUGCGCGAGUGCGGGUGCGCUGGCGCCGGGCGCGUCUCGGCGCUCCUCCAACCUGCCCGGCGGCGCCACGCUCACUCCCGGCCCCUACCGCUCGCAGUCGUCGUCGAGCGGCGGCGCCAGCAUCACGCCGUCCGUUACCAUCACGCCCGCGCCGCCGCCGGCCUCGCACUCCACACCCAAGCCCGCUCAGGAUAACUCAUCGGUCACCAGUAGUACAAGCGAUGCAACGAGCUCCCGCAGUUCCGAGGAGACGCAGACACCGGCCCAGCGACAGGCCGCCGCCAAGCUCGCACUGCGCAAGCAACUAGAGAAGACACUGCUGCAGAUUCCACCACCUAAACCCCCGCCGCCGGAGAUGAACUUCAUUCCCUCUCCCAGCAACACGGACUUCGUGUACCUGGUGGGGCUCGAGCACGUCGUAGACUAUCUCACCAACGAAGACCGCAUGCCGCGCUCGAGCGUGCCCGCCGUGUGCGCGCAGUGCGGCAGCGACUUCACGGCCGUGUGGCGCUGGGAGCGCGCCCCGCCGCGCCGCCAGGACGCCACCUUCGCCUGCUCGCUGGCGCCGCACGCGCGCCGGCUGUGCGAGCUCUGCGUGUCCGGCAACGUGAAGCGCGCGCUCAAGGCCGAGCACACCGCGCGCCUCAAGACGGCCUUCGUGCGCGCGCUGCAGCAGGAGCAGGAGAUCGAGCGGCGCCUGGCCGCGCCGUCGCCGCCGCCCGCGCCCGCCGCGCCCGCGCCGCCGCCCGCGCACGCGCACGCGCACGCGCACCACCACCGCGCGCCGCCGCCCGCGCGCCCGCGCCACGCCGCGCCCGCGCCCGCGCCGCCCGCGCCCGCCAAGCCGCCGCCGCCCGCGCCCGGCGCCGCGCUGCGCGCGCACCCGCGCGACCCCGACCCGCCCUCCAAGAAAGGUAAAGGAUCGUCCUCGAGCACCAGUAGCCAGGGAAGUAGCAGCAAGCAACAUCAGCAACUGGCCGCAGCAGCCGCGGCUCAGAUGGCAUUCGAACAGCAAAGCGCAGCAGCCAUGCAAGCAUUGCAGCAUCAAUUACUUAGAGGGCUGAGCGGCGCGGGCGGCGGCGGCGGCGUGUCGCCCGCGGCGGCGGCGGCGGCCAUGAUGCAGUUCUCGCCGCUGCUCUACACCUACCAGCUGGCCAUGGCGCAGGCCAGCGCGCUAGGUAAGCGCUCGGGAAAGGGUGGGAGCGGCGGCGCGGCCAUGGCGGCGGAGAUGCAACGCGUGGCGGAGGCCCAGCGACAGUACUUGCUAGACAUGAUCCCCGGACAGCACGCCAGGAACCCCUGGCCUAAGAACUGAACUAAAGGUUGGUUCAACGUUUUCUACGAAGGAUAAAAAUAUAUAGACGAUAAGAAGAGCAUUUGAAGAAUUAAGAACUAUUUUAAUGUUUUACUUUAAGGUACGCUAAGUAAUUAUAAGUAACGGUUACGAUGGGACACUGGUCGACCAGGCUGAGUAGAGGCUGGCAAACGUGACGUCAUUCGCAUUUAUUUACGCAGAUAGAAAAAAAGCAUGCUAAGGACAUUAAACAAGUUUUUAUCAGUAAUUUAUUUAUAUAACAUCAAUAUCUAUUUCUUCAAUACAAGGGAGGUUAGAUAAAGUGCAUCGACAAUAAUGGUCGUAGCGGUUUUGAUCUUUGAAGCGCUUUUUCUUAAUUAUUGAAUAAAUGAACUUUUUAUCACGUAAUCAAUCGAAUACAUAUGACAUUUCCAUAAAAAAUCAUUUCCUACAAACGGAAUCUAAUCUAUGUAUGUGUCUUUGUCUAGGCACGCAAAUAUUUUAUCGUUCGUAACGCUGUAUUCGUUUACAUUUACGAUUAAAAAAAUAUUCAACGACUAGCAACAACAUUAAACAAAUAUAUCAUUUUUUGGUGUAUUUUUCUAUUAUUUCGAUUGAGUUGCGUUAAUAACAGCGCAAUGGAGCUCCGUGUCAGGUCAGUGGCUUUGUAGCUUGGUCGGCUAGAACGUAGAGAUAACAUUUUACGAUCAGAUAAUUUUGGGUAUGGUUUAAAGAAAGCUAGAUAAUAUGAAAUAAGUUUUUGACGUUAAUUAAAAUGCACAACAAAUACGUAAUUAUAGCAAAACUAAUAUUAAGGUAAUCGUAAUUAUUAGUGUGUAAAAGAUCAACUUCGUUUUAUAUCUGGAUUUUUAAGUACUUCAAUAAAUAUUGUACGCAUAAA